UUCAGCAAUAUUUUUUAGCAGAAGAGCUUUUUCCGUUGUAUAGCAUACAACGGAGUGUGCGAAUGAUAACAGCCAAGAGUUAGUGACGGUUAUUAGAGAUUGACAUCGAUACUGUGUGCGAAAAAACAGAGAGUGAGCGAGAAAAAUUUCUAACACACAUGAUGACACAUAUGUGAAUCACAAAGCGGCAGAGUUGCUGCUGAAUUUUAGUAUUCGCACCUCUAUCCAUCCGAACGGCUGUAUGUGCUCUGUCCAUAUGUUGGAUGAUAUUAUUGUCCAGUUUUGCUCAUGCAUGAUCUAGACUAGUGUUCAUGCAGCCUAUCAAUGUCCGUUAUCGUUCGUGUACUGCUGUAGCAAGUUCAAUUCAAGUUAUCGUAACUUAACUUCAUAGAAACUCUGCCACUGACGCAAGUGUUUGUUGUUUCAUGUUGGUUGAUAUUUACGUGUUAUGUGUGUUAGAAGCUUUGUGUGUGCUUACUAAGGUUAAGAGUGGAGUCAAUGGCGGCAAUUCGUCUCUGGCUAUCUUCGUUGGGCAUGGUGAUGAUGAUAGUUACUGUCAUCAGCACCACCCCCACCAUAACAAAGCGACUAUAUGGCUCGAGAGCAAUCGAUACGCUGCGUCAUCGCUACGCUCAACAGGAGGACAAAGCGUGGAAGAUCGUUAGUCAGAUCGAUCACAUCGCCAACCAGUUGAACGAAGACGCCUCUAGACAGAGGCAUGUGGCGUUGCAAGAAAUAUGCACUAUCUAUUUACGCUUUGUUGACGACGAGUUGCCACCACUGGAAUCUGAUUACGGCAGCGGAGGCGAAUACUUCAACAUCUUACAGCGCUUUUCUGAAUGGCACUUCCUCGAGCAAAACCUGCUAACAAUCAACAAAUUAUAUAGGGUAUUGUACAACUUUCUGCGGGAGCAAACGCUACGUCUGACUGAAAAUGAAGAUGAGGCGACGGAGUUAGGUUCGAAGAGUGCUAUUAAAGACGAUGAAAACUUCCGCCUGCUAAGCAUCGAUAUGGCCGAAACGAUACUGUUCGAUCGCCGUUAUCCAAUUGAUCAACAGCUUGAGCAGAUCUACAACAUCAUGGUGCGCCAAGCACUCUAUUUCAAGGUUCAAAUGGUGGCCAAAUCGACUAUCUGUACGUUUGGACUAUCGGCCCAACAGAUUUUGUAUCUUCUGUACGAUGCAAUCGCGAUGUCCGAGCUGAAAGGCUACCUAAUGAUGCAGUUCUCCUACUUGGUGCUAAAGGCACAAGGCCGUGGAAACUUCACUGUCGAAUCACAAGCCCGCCGGGAAGAGCUGAACACACGGCUCAAUCGAACCCAAGCUUUGCUUCAACGCGCGAUGGAGCAGACGAGCCGCGAAUACUGGCGAUGCGAUCCGGAGGCACGCGCCCAUCGCGAAAACGAAACUUUUUUGCAGUUCACGCGUCUUGUACAAGGUUACAUAGAAAAUGAAGUCGACAUGAACACAGAGAACACGUGUCGCGAGUCUUGCGCUCACUAUCAAUAUGGCCAUCGACAGGAACAGUGCUAUAAAGAGCUGUACUGCAGCCGACAGCCGAAGUGCAACGGGCGUAUUUACGAAUGUGAGUACGUCGACUCCGACAUGUCGAUCUGCCCGGCGGCCCAUCAAAGCCAACGGCGCUACGAGUUUAUCGAAUACGAGAACGGUUUAGUACGAGGUCAUAAGAGCUACUGUGCACGAGGAUCUACCAAGGUCGACUCCUGGUGGCGAUGGAUCUUCUGGCACUGUAGCUAUUGCUUCUGCCUAUGUGACGACAAUGGGCCCCGUUCUGAUCGUUACGUUAGUUUACGUGAAUCCAUUUCCGACAUCGAUCAAAAUAGGGUUGUGACCGGAUUGCGAUUCGUUAAACAAGGCAGAGUGAUGCAUCUAUUAGUGCAGCAAGGCUUAUUGUUGCCCCAGGCUGAGAUCGACAAUCGAACGCUGGAGUGGCUCAGCCCCCCGGAUGCCUUCAGCGUACUAGCGAAAGGUGCUCGGGAAGGACGCGACUAUCACACACUUACGUACGAUAAGCGUGCUCUCGACCUCGACGACGUGCACGUCCAUCCAGGUUACGUCCUCACAGGGGUACGCUUUAGGCUGCUCGGCACUCACCUCAACCUCGAAAUACGUAUGACGGAAAUGAACUUUACCUCCGGCAAGCUGCUCGAUCACGAUAAAAGCAUUUGGAUUGGCAACGACAACACGGUUGACAGAACUGAGCUUAUACUGCACCAACCGGAUGUGCCUACACGAUCCCUGAGCAAAUCUGUCCCUGAUUCGACCAGCCGCCAGUACAUUCGUUUUGGACCAAGCGACCGGAACCAAGACGCGGCCCAAACGACAGUCCCUUUUAUCGAUGCCCAGCCAGUAUACACGCAUAAGGCAGUGCCGCUAUCCGGAGCCGGCCUCCUGCACAAGGGUCAACCCAAAUAUGGUGGAUUCGUGGCACCUAAGUUAUUCACCUACAAUUUUACUGCUCACAUUCAAUAAUCAGUGGUGGACACAUUCAGUGAACACUGUAGAUCAAAGUACAGAUUGAAAUACUACGAACCAUUUCGCCUUCUAAAGCGAGAGCGGCAGAGGGAGGCAAUUUGAGCGCAAAACAAAUAAUAUGGAUGGAAGAUAAUAUCUGUAAACAAAGAGCGGGAACGGGAUCGUUUGUUACGUAUUGAAAGGCAUCCGAUUCAAACUAUGAUCAAUACACUGGAUACUGCUCCAGCUGAGCUUGCUUAACAUCUUUCAACAAUCUUCUAACUCACCUGCACGCGGAGGGGAUGCAUCAUCAGCAUCGGUAACAAAUCAGCGCGAGGCAAAAUGUCUUUGAGUGACAUACCCAUCGUUUUCACGCCCUGACAAACGAAGGCAGCCAGAUAGCGGUGCAAUGGAAAGUGAAAUGAUGCACGAAACAUAUCAUCCUGCGAAAUACAAACAGUAUCCGUAACAGUAAUAGAAUAGUCAAGAAUAUGUUAAGUAGUAAGUUACCUUCUCGAAUUUAGGAUGCUGAUAGAAGUUAACCGCCUCGAGCCACUCGUUCAAAUAGUUAACGCAAUACAUCAUGAUGUUUUUGGCGAGGGGCGCGUGUGACGGAUCUUGCAAGUGCGAGAUAACGGACCACAUGGGAUAGGCACUCGCCUCUAGCUCGCAGCUGAACGCUGCAUAGUAGGAACUAGACUCAUAUUCUACAUGGCUUAUGAUCUCGCGAAGGUUAACAUUCAUUCCUGAGGGCAAAUAGACGAUUUAUUAGUGACUAUAAAACCCAAAACGAUUCGGCUCAACAGAAACUCGCCAGAACUUACCUUGCAACAUCGAUAGGAACUGGAACCACAUGUCGAUGAGUGCGUCGUUCUGCAGGAAAACGAGCGCAACCGACUCAUGCGACAGGACAUUGUUGAAGUCCGACACAAGCGGCCAGUAGCAGUGUUCUUUCAUCACUCGCUCAGCGCAAUCGACCACAUAGUGAAAGUUUCGCUCAGGAUUGUGAAGCAAGUGUGGGGUUAAAAUUUUCGCCAUCAUCUGCCGUAGGCUAAUGAUCAUGACAUGCAGUAGAGAUAGUUCUUCAACCAUCUUCAGCGCGAGACUUUCGUUGGAAAAAAGCUGGACGCUCAUAUGCACUACCCUGUUACUUAGAGUGUCCGGGUCAUUAGACAGUUCAAGCACGCUUGGAAUGCGACAAUAGUGCAUAACGAAAGUACGCGUCAGGUGCUCUUUAUAAUCUUGGUCAGGCAACAUAUUCAGAAGGAAGCACACGAUCUGCUGCUGAAAUUCAUAUUUAAACGUCCAGAAGAUGAACUCCUCCAGCAAUGUACCGUGCACGAUGGUGCGUCCAAGUGCGGGCAGAUACGCAUACUCUGGCGGAGGUUCCGGCGAAGGAAAUUGGUGGAGGGCAUCCUCAUAUAAUCGCCGGCUGUUUCGUAGAUAGUUUCUGUUACUGUUGAUGGGAUAGGGCUGCUCAAACAACCCUCGAUACACUUUCCGGUCUAUGAGUGUGCGGGUCAUCACGCGCCUCAUCAGCUCACCCAUGUUGUUAAACUCCAUCAACAUGGCGCAGUAGUCAUUGCAAUACUCAGCUGUCCGACGACAUCCAGCCGAAUCGUGAUUGAUAGCACUGAACUCGCGGAAGUGUAGAAGCAUGCGGAGUAUUAAGCGCGGCAUCAUCGCCUCCGCUGGGAGCAACAAAUCGUCGGGAACUGGGGUACUCGAAGGGCAACUGUUCAAGCCGUGAUCACUACAGAAACCCUCUGGUUUCAUAACGGACGUGUCGCCACAGUCACAGGCCCCGCCCGCCUGUGAUAAGAACAUAUUAAAAUCAUGGUUCUGGUGGUUACCUCUCUUGAAGCAAUCACGACAGAUCGACAUGCACGGUGAAAUGCCGCACGUCCGACAACGAUAUGCUACCACAUGUGGUAUCCAGACCAACCCGCAUUUCGCAUGAUUAUCGUAUGCUCGUACUGCAAAGAAAAAUACAAUAUUAAAAAGCAAGUACCCUUCGAAAAACAAUGUGAUACAAAGCAUGGACGAGAAAGGAGUUAAUAGGACCGACAUGGCGGCAAGAGAAGGAUAGCCCCCUAGCCCCUACUGAUUAAGAAUAGUUUUGGUCGACCCUUCAGCGGGAAGCGCAUUUCGCUUCGGAUUCCGAGAAGCCACCAGGAAGAUGCCCGAAUUGCCACUGGAGGCUUCAACUGAUGCGCCUGAACUGAUCAAAAAUGCGCCCGCGCGCGCCUUGCGAAUCAAAUCAAACUCACCACUGACCAAACUCGGUCUUUCGAAAAAUUCAGUACCUCGGCCAUACCCUAGCAGUAUAUUGUCGUGCGUGAUCAUAACUGUAUAAAAAAGAACUAAACGAAAAUAAUAGCCUCCUUACGCCUCGUCCACAGUAUGAGUUUUCUCUACAGGUUUUUUGAUAUGCUAGCGUCCACACUAGUAGCUUUUGAGCGAAAAAUUCCGUGAGCUCCAGUCAGUGAAAUGACAGUUCGUUUGUUUAUGCUUUGAUUUUUCAGUUUCCUUUCCUUUUCCUUCUAGUGCCAUUUUUGUCAAUAUUUGAACCGCUGUCGAAAAACUAGCCAAAUUUUGGGAAAGCAAUAAAAAUUGCCGAAAUUUGCCGUAAACUGUCAAAUUGAAAAAAAUACCCCCGAAACGGGAAAAUAUCCCGUAAACAAAAGGCGCUUAAAAGCAACUCAAAGUAACUCACGGAACUCUAGCAAAAGGUUAAUAGUUUCUUGGCCUGCCAUACAUUUUUAACAAGUUUCUCAUACUGUGGACCUCGGGUUAUUAAAUAAAGAAACCGUAUGUAUUUCUC